AAUAAAAUGGGGGCGUGGCAGAUGGAUCAUCAGAGAAAGUCUGCCAUCACCCCAUCAUGCGCUAUGCCCCAUGUAGUACGUAUGUACAUAGGCUGAUCAUGCUUAGCAGCUUCUGAUGAUAAGGUAGAGACUGAGUGGAGAUCAAGUGACUGUGAAGAUGCCUAUAGCCACGCGGAGUAGGAAGAGCAAGAGUUGCACUGUAGUGGGAGGAUGUGGUUUCCUGGGUCGCCACAUGGUAGAGACUCUACUAGACAGAGGAUAUCAUGUCAACGUAUUUGAUAUACGCAAGACUUUUGACAGCGAUCAAGUCACAUUCUUUAUUGGUGAUCUGUGCAACAAAGAGGAUUUGCUGGUGUCUCUGAGAGAUGUGAGUGUAGUGUUCCACUGUGCCUCACCAUCUCCAGCCUCCAAUAAUUGCGACCUCUUCCACAGGGUCAAUAUUGAGGGUACUCGCAGUCUAAUACAGUGUUGUAAAGAAGCUGGAGUAGCAAAGCUAGUACUAACCAGCAGUGCUAGCGUAGUGUAUGAGGGGAAGGAUAUAAAGAACGGAACAGAAGACCUGCCAUACGCAGUGCAACCUAUGGACCCAUACACUGAGACCAAGAUUCAACAAGAGAAGAUAGUAUUAGAGGCCAGUUGUGAUAAGCUGCUCACCGUGGCAGUAAGACCUCACGGCAUCUUUGGACCCAGGGACCCACUCUGUAUACCCACCAUUGCACAAACUGGCAAGGCUGGUAAAACAAGGUUCAUUAUUGGGGAUGGCACUAACAUAGUGGACUUUACGUAUGUUGUGAAUGUCGCCCAUGGUCACAUAAUGGCAGCGGAGGCUCUAACUACAGACUCUCCACUCCCGGGAAAAGCCUAUUUCAUCACUAAUGAUGCUCCCCUACCAUUCUGGGACUUCAUGUCACGUGUUCUGACUGGCCUCCAUUAUCCUGCCCCAGUGUACCAUCUUCCUUAUUGGCUCGUGUACACUCUAGCCCUACUACUCCAGUUAUUAGCUUGGUGUGUGUCUCCCAUCACCACUCUGACCCCAACCUUCACUCCAAUGAGAGUAGCACUGGCUGCCACUCACCAUUACUACAGCUGUGACAGAGCCAAGAGGGACUUUGGCUAUAAACCACUCGUCUCUUUUGAUGAGGCUCUAACCAAAUCUCUGGAACAUUUCAGUCAUCUAAGAAGAUCAUAGUCGGCCAUGCAUGCAGCUACACUGUACAUGUGUAGAUCGAUAGAUGUAAUUUUUUAGUUAAUAAGUUUUCAAUGGUUCAAAAGAUAUGCUAUUAGUGGUUGCCAUGUUAUCAGACAAGUUUUACAGUAAUUACUAUCAAUAAAAAUGAAUACAUGUUCAAGACUA